CGUAGUGAGCGCGUGCGCAAUCGUAGGAACUGCGCUUCCCAGAAGCGCCCGCGCGUGGUCCUGCAGGCUCUCCCUCAAGACCUCCCUCAAGGUCCGAGUGUGUCCUCUGCCCUAACUGCUCGAGUCUGCUGCCGCCAUGAUGCCCGCCGCGCUGCUCCGCCGCCUGGGGCUGCGCCGCCUACUGCUCCAGGCUCGAACCUUUGCGGAGGCCGCCCCAGCCCCAGCCCCCGCCCCAUCUGGCCCCGGGCAGAUGUCCUUCACCUUCGCAUCGCCGACACAGGUGUUCUUCGAUGGUGCCAAUGUCCGGCAGGUGGAUGUGCCCACAAUGACUGGAGCCUUUGGCAUCCUGGCAUCUCACGUACCCACACUGCAAGUUCUGCGGCCCGGGAUGGUUGUGGUCCAUGCCGAGGAUGGGACCAGCACUAAGUAUUUUGUGAGCAGUGGCUCAGUCACUGUGAAUGCAGACUCCUCUGUGCAGUUACUGGCCGAAGAGGCUGUGACACUGGACAUGCUGGACCUGGGGGCAGCCAAGGCUAACCUGGAGAAGGCACAGUUGGAGCUGGCAGGUGCUGCAGAUGAGGCUGCUCGGGCAGAGAUCCAAAUCCGCAUCGAAGCCAAUGAGGCCUUGGUGAAGGCUCUGGAGUAGGCUCUCUACCAGCCCCACAGGGAAACUGAGGCAGGCUGGAAGCUCCUGAGGUCCUAGAUCCCUGUGUCCUCAGGUCCCUGCGGAGGUGGCCACCAGGGGGAAGCAUCUGCUGGAGGCUGAGGUGCCUUCAACCUGCCAGCCUCUACUCCAGUAUCCCACAACCCACAGGGCUCCCCCACCCUGGGGCCCUGGCUCAGGGCCACUUGUCCAGCCCCAGCCUGUCCCCAUUAAAUGCAGGAACCCACUGCA